UAAUAAAAAACGAAGAAAAACGAGAACUGAAACUCAAAAUUCAGAAAAUAGGAGGUCUCAUCGUAUCCCUCUGGAACCCUAGACAAGUCGCUCCAGGAUCAGCAACUCAAACCCAGCCAAAAUGACAAAAGCAUCAGCAUCAGCAUCAGCAUCAGCAAUGAGUCGUGUAAGAGCAAAGAGAGUUCCUACCCAACAAGAAAUAGAUGCACUGGACCGUGCCACUAAAUUCAUGAAAUCGCUACCUGACUUUAUAGAAAGCUGUUUUUGUAAGGCGCUAGAGCGAACUCAUUUGGUGACACGCUCAACUUUUCCUAUACCAAAGCAUUUCCAAGAGACGAUCACACGACCAAACGAAGAGACGGUCACACAACAAAACGAAGAGACGGUCACACAAAAAGACGAAGAGACGGUCACACACGAAGAGAUUGUCACACUUAAAGAUGAAGAAGGUGGAAAGUAUAUAGUCAAGUAUAAGUACAAAUCUAAAAGUUUUCAAGGUGGAUGGUCUGGUUUUGUCAAGAACCAAGACUUACGGGUUGGUGAUGCCGUGGUCUUCAACCAAAUAGACAGAUUUGUUUUUGAUGUUUACAUGUUCCGUGCUAGAGACAAAUCAGAAAAUGUGGUUUGUCAGCACCAAUGUAAGAGCAAAUGUGCUGCUGAUAAGGCCUCUACCUCUACUUCUUUUACUGAGGCGAGGGAAUCCAUUUGUCCUGAAGCUAUGAGUCUGAGGACAGAGUUGGAAGAGCUGAAACAAAAAUUACUAGAGAUGGCUCAAGAUCGAGACCGCCUGCUGUUACAAGUUAACAGUUUAUCAUAUGCUGUCAAGUACAAUGGCGAAUCAUCUGUACAGGAGUCGAAAAAUUUACUGAUUAAGACAUUGGAGCGUGAUCUAGCUGAUGUCAGAGGAAAAUUGCAGGUAUCUUCCAAGAAAAAUAUGGAGGUACAGUCUGAACUGGAGUCACGAAAUAAGCUUGUGGACACCCUCAAAAAAGAGCUUGUUGAGGCAGAGAAGCUAAGAAUAAAGCUUCAAAACAAGAUAUUGGAACUCAAAGGAAACAUUCGUGUUUUCUGCAGGGUACGACCUCCUGUACAUGAUGAUGGUAAACAAAUAAAAAUCUCAUAUCCCAAAUCAGUGGAAGAGAAAGGCCACGCCAUCCAUUUGUCCAAAAAUGGUUAUUUGCAUAAAUUUGCGUUCGACAGAGUAUUCGAUCCCAAGGCAAAACAAGAAGAUAUUUUUGUGGAUGUAUCUGAGUUGGUGCAGAGUGCGCUUGACGGGAAGAAGGUCUGCAUAUUCGCGUAUGGCCAGACUGGUUCUGGUAAAACAUACACCAUGAUUGGUGGCUUAGAUCAGAAAGAUAAAGAAGAAAAAGGAAUAAUACCUCGUUCAGUGGAGCAGAUAUUUCAAUACUUCCAGUCUGUAAAGACCAAGGGAUAGAAGUAUAACCUCAAGGUAACGGUGCUAGAAAUAUACAAGGAACAAAUCCAUGAUCUGCUGGAUCCGAAAAGUGGCGAGCAAAAGAAGUACAUAAUUAGUCAUGGCAAAGAUGGAAAAGCAGUAGUUCCCCACCUCACUGAAGAAGAUAUUUCUGGGCCAGAACAAUUUAUCUCCUUUCUGAAACAGGUUUCCGAAAGGAGGUAUAUUCCUUUACAAGCUGUGCGACAACAACAGUGGUCUUCAGUUUCAAAAUGUUUUUGUUGUUUCUUUCAGAUGUGUACGGAACAUACAUUGAUGAAUGAACAAUCCUCAAGAAGUCAUCUUGUCUUGACCCUCAACAUAUCUCGAGUUACCGAGAGUUCCCAAGUGCACGGCUUCCUGAAUAUGAUAGAUUUAGCCGGCAACGAAAACCUCAAAGAGAGCGGCGCAAUUGGGGACCGUGCAGAAGAAGCAAAGGCGAUAAACAAAAGUUUAUCCGCUUUCACUGGUGUCAUUCAAGCGCUUGUGCAGAAGAAUACACAGUACCCUACAGAGAAUCACUACUUACACACCUUCUCCAGCCUUGUCUCGAGGGGGACUCAAAAACUUUGAUGGUGGUCAACAUAUCUCCUUCUCUAGAGUCGGUGCGUCACUCAGUAAAGUCUUGCAGCCACAGUUAAUGCAUGUGUUGUUACUCGUAAGAACGAUGUUGCUGGUGAUGGUGAGGCUUCUUCAUCUUCCUCAUCUCUUUUCAACACUCCCAAGUCUACACCAAGAGAUCUCUCUCCUCUUAUCUCCACUACUCACAGAUCUCGUCCUCCUCUUCCUAAAAGACCGAUGCAUCUUGCUGGCUGCACCACUCCCAAAAUGACAGGAGUAGGAGGUAAAAAAACUGCUGCUGCUGCCGAGGCUUCUUCUUCUUCAUCACAUCUCUUCAAAACUCCAGUAUCAAGCUUAAAAAAUCCAUCUCCUCUCUCUGCUCACAGAUCGACAUAUUCUCUUCCUCCUCUAACUAUUCAGACACUUCCACGAAUACCUCUUGUUCAUUAUGCUGGCGGGUAGCCAAGAUUGCUCUUCAAUGUUUGGCUGAGAAAUGUAGAAAAUAGGGUUCAAGAUUCCCUUCUGAUUCUUAGUUGAUUUCCUUUUCUUUAAGAAUUAUUGCAGCAUUUAUAAGAACAGUAAGUGUUUUCUUAUGGUACUGAAUAGUUGGAAAAUCUGAAGAGUGUAUCAUUUUUUUGUUUUAUCUAUCAAGUAUAGUUAUAUUUUCGUCAAACUGUAGUUUUUCGUUAUUCUUAUCACCUUGUACUACAUACUUUUACAUAUUCUAGAAGGAGGCUGCAGCUCUAGUUAUAUUUUCAA